GUAAAGAAUAUGCCAUUCUGCUUAAUGUUUUGAACGAUCAUAGUCAGAUGGACUGAGGCGACCUUGUAAAUUUCCUCGUCCCUGCAACACCACUUCAACUUCGGUGCAUCAUCUCGAGCUUGCUAAGCACAGGGGCUCACUCGACGUGCAAACGACCAUGAAAGCCAUCCAAAUAUCGGACUAUGUCAAAUCAUACUCGGAGCUUCGUGUGAGGGAAAUACCCUCUCCCAUACCAAAGGCAGACCAGGUCCUCGUGACAAUAACCCAUAGCGCCCUGAACCACGUCGACCUCCUGUACGCGCGUGGCCUGCACCAGAAUAAUCACAGCGGCCUGGUCAGCCCGCCGUUCGUCCUGGGCCUGGAGUUUGCGGGCGUGGUGGCUGCGGUGCCGCCGGCAACGUCAGCUUCUUCAGGGUUCAAGGCUGGAGACCAUGUCUGGGGUACCGGCGUGGGCGGGUUCGCCGAACAGAUCGCCGUCGCGCCGUCCGCGUUGCACAGGCUGCCUGGAGGCUGUGGCUCUUGGACGCUGCGUGAUAUCGCGGGUCUUGGGGCCGCCACGGCGCCGGUGAGUUACGCAGCGCUGGUCCGCGUUGCUCAGGUCAAGGCCGGGCAGACUGUGCUUGUGCACGCGGCCGCGGGAGGGCUGGGUGUGGUUGCGGUGCAGAUUGCGCAGGCCCUUGGAGCGAGGGUCAUUGGCACGGUGGGCAGUGAGGAGAAGGAGGAAGUUGUGCGGAAGAUGGGGGUGCUUGGGGUGGUGCGGUAUGAUGAUAGUGACGGUUGGGAGAGGGAGGUCUUGAAGAUCAGCGGUGGUGGUGGCGUGGAUGUGGUAUAUGAUACGGUCGGGCUGGUGGAGAAGAGUAUUCGGUGUUUGAAGUUUGGUGGGAGUGUGGUCAUUGCCGGGUUCGCGGGGCUCGGUGGGAAGAUGGAGACUCUGGCUAUGAAUCGCGUGUUGCUCAAGGGGGCGAAGUUGCUUGGUUAUAGAUACGGCGAGACUGGACGACGACGACCGGAAGAGAACGAAGAGGUGUGGAAGGGACUGACUGAGAUGCUGGAGAGUGGCAAAAUCAGGCCCUUCAUCUAUGGAACGUAUACUGGUCUGGAAAGCGUGGCAAAAGCCCUGGAGGAGCUGGCUGCAAGGAAAGUAUGGGGCAAGGCUGUUGUUGAGAUACAGUCGCCAGCCAAGUUGAGCGCGAGACUGUGAGACUUUCCCCAAGGAUUCACCUUAUCUCAUCACCAAUCCUCCGUCGACGAUCAUCUCCUGUCCGGUAACGGCGUCGGCCCAGGGACUGGCAAAGAACAGCACCACGCCAGCCAAGUCCUCCGGCGUCGCGACCUUUCUCAAGGGAGUGACAGCCUUGAUCUGCUCGAAGACCUCCUGCGGUGUACUCGCGCU